GAACCAAUCGCUGUGCACGUUGUUGAGAGGUGCUCAAGUGAGGUUUACAGCCUCUCGUCAACAUGUCUUCAUCGGAGGCUAAUAAUGGCCCGAGCCAAGCGCCACCUUAUCCAGGUGUACCGCCCUCAGGGAUACCUCCCCCCUUUAUGGGACCACCAGGAAUACCGCCCCAUUUCCCUCCCAUUGGGAUGCCUCCCAUGGGACAACGACCACCUAGCAUGACUCCUAUGCCUCCUGGUAUAAUUCCCCCUGGUAUAAUGCCGCCAAUGGGGGCCCCACCAAUGGGACAGAUGCCAGGCAUGAUGCCACCCAUGAUGCCAGGGAUGAUGAUGCCCCCUCGCAUGCCAGCUGCGGCCGUACAACCAACGGGACCGCCUGGUGUUGACUCCACAGCUGCUGCACCCGGGACAGCUAGUACCACAAAUGGAUCUCCACAUGAAGAACAGACAAAGAAGAAGUCCCUGUGGACAGAACACAAAUCCUUGGACGGGAAGACUUAUUAUUACAAUACAGAGACCAAGCAGUCCACAUGGGAGAAGCCAGAUGACUUAAAAUCUCCUGCAGAGCAAAUGCUAUCUAAAUGCCCUUGGAAGGAGUACAAGUCAGACACAGGGAAGCCUUAUUAUUACAACUCUCAGACGAAGGAGUCCAGAUGGACCAAACCCAAAGACCUGGAGGAUCUGGAAGCUAUGAUCAAAGCUGAGGAAAAUGGAACGUCAGAGGCAGUGGCUCCUGGCACCGCAGCACCUCCUGCAGUGCUUGCAGAUAUCCCAGCCACUAUGGCAACAGUAAUGGAGGUGGAAAGUAAAAUGGCAGUCUCGGAGGAGCAACUGUCUCAGGCGGCCGUGCAUCAUGCAGCUGAGGUGAAGAUUGCAGAUGCACCUGUGGCUUCCUCAGAGAGCCCUGCCCCCACUGAGGUCACAGCCAGUGUUGAAGUCGCAAAGGAAGAACGGCCAGAGCUUCAAAAGAAAACGUACAAGUGGAAUACAAAAGAGGAGGCCAAGCAGGCCUUCAAAGAGCUGCUGAAAGAGAAGGGUGUGUCCUCCAACUCCUCUUGGGAGCAGGCUAUGAAAAUGAUUAUCAAUGAUCCUCGCUACAGUGCGCUUCCCAAACUGAGCGAGAAGAAGCAGGCGUUCAAUGCCUACAAAGUCCAAACAGAGAAGGAGGAAAAAGAGGAGGCCAGAAUUAAAUACAAGGAGUCCAAAGAAACCUUUCAGAGGUUCUUGGAGAACCACGACAAGAUGACAUCUACCACCAGAUACAAGAAAGCCGAGCAGAUGUUCAAUGAGCAGGAAGUGUGGAGCUGUGUGCCAGAGAGAGACCGGCUGGAGAUCUAUGAAGAUGUUUUGUUCUACCUGGCUAAGAAAGAGAAGGAACAAGCCAAGCAGCUUAGAAAGAGGAACUGGGAAGCUUUGAAGAACAUUUUGGACAACAUGGCAAAUGUCACUUACCGCACCACCUGGUCUGAGGCCCAACAAUACCUGCUGGACAACCCUACCUUUGCAGAGGACGAGGAGCUGCAGAAUAUGGACAAAGAGGAUGCACUCAUUUGUUUUGAGGAGCACAUUCGGGCGCUGGAGAAGGAGGAGGAAGAAGAGAAACAGAAGACUCUUCUCAGGGAGAGGAGACGACAGCGCAAAAACAGAGAGGCGUUCCAGAAAUUUCUGGACGAGCUCCACGAUCAUGGCCAGCUUCACUCCAUGUCUGCCUGGAUGGAGAUGUACCCGACUCUGAGCUCAGACAUCCGCUUCGCCAACAUGCUGGGCCAGCCUGGUUCUACUCCCCUGGAUCUGUUCAAAUUCUAUGUUGAAGACUUGAAGGCGCGCUACCACGAUGAAAAGAGGAUCAUCAAAGAUAUUUUAAAGGACAAAGGCUUUCUGGUGGAAGUCAACACCAGCUUUGAUGACUUUGGAUCUGUCAUCAGCUCAGAUAAGAGAGCCACCACACUGGAUGCAGGAAACAUAAAGCUCGCUUUCAACAGCUUACUGGAGAAGGCAGAAGCCAGAGAGAGGGAGCGCGAGAAGGAGGAAGCGAGGAAGAUGAAAAGGAAAGAAGCAGCUUUUAAGAACAUGCUGAAGCAGGCCACACCUCCUCUGGAACCAGAGGCUUCAUGGGAAGGGGUCAGAGAGAGAUUCUUAAAAGAAUCUGCAUUUGAAGACGUGACUCUGGAGUCAGAGAGGAAACGGAUAUUCAAAGAUUUCAUGCAUGUCUUAGAGCAUGAGUGCCAACAUCACCACUCCAAGACAAAAAAGCACUCAAAGAAGUCCAAGAAGCACCACAGGAAACGAUCCCGCUCUCGAUCGGGCUCAGAGUCUGAGGAGGAGGAAUACCACAAGAAGAAGAAGAGGUCACAGUCCAAAUCUCCCUCUGAACGCUCGUCUAGUGGUGAAUCUGAGAGAAGCUAUAAAAAGUCCAAGAAGCACAAGAAGAAGGGCAAGAAAAGACGUCACAAGUCUGGAUCACCAGAGUCUGACAAUGAGAAGAGAGGGAGAGAGCGGGAUGGAAAGCGUGAAAAGGACCUAGAGAAAGACAAAGAGAACGACAAGUCUCGUGGGAAACCUCGCUCGGACUCCAAACAGAAGUCUCCUAAAAGAAAAGCAGUGAAGGAGGAGGGCGGCUGGGAUACAUCAGGCAGUGAGCUGAGUGAAGGAGAGCUGGAGAAAAGAAGAAGAACUUUACUGGAACAGCUGGAUGCACCUUGAUGACAACACUUCUUCUGGUCUUUUAUUUGUGAUUGUACAAUUCUCCAAACAAGCAUUCCUCCCUGAGCUCAUCUGACUGUUCUGGUCACACACACCGGCCUGGACAGACUGUGUGAGGUUACUCUGUUCUCUGGUAUUCACAGGGAUGUGCUACACUGAGCUUCAACACUUGCUUGGAGGUUAAUUGAUAUCAGGAGACUGUACCAAUCAGUCAAAAUCAGAUUGAUUUUGUUGCUCUCUUUUUUUUUUAAGUUGCCUGUAGUUGUACAUGUUUUCCAUUGCUAAUCAUUUUUUUAUAUUCAGCUUGGUUUGUCAAACUGACGCCUUCACCUUGGAAAAUAUUAAGAGAGAAAAUGGUUUGUCAUUGAAAACUAUCAGCAGUAGUGAAAACAAACUUGUAAUUUGAACUGAACUGCAGUUCUACUCUGGAGAAAUGGUCCACCAUGGUUUUAAUUGGAGCAAUUGUUAAAAAUGAUACUGUAGUGUAAUGUAAUAAAAAGCUGUUUCAAUGAA